AUGCAACCACGGCCUCGUCCAACGCGUCUGAUUAACGUCCAAGAUUCUAGCCGGCCUUUCCUACAGGUCAUGGAGGAGGCAUUAGAACCGUAUCUCGCGCUCAGCUAUCGGUGGGGUGAGAACAAGAAGGGCCAGACUUUGAAGUGCACCUACGAAACUUUCCAGCAUUGUCUCCCACUCAAUGACAUCCCACGUACAUGCUGGGACGCCAUCCAGCUUACACGUAUGCUCGGUUACAAAUACCUUUGGAUCGAUGCCUUCUGCAUUAUACAGAACGACGAAACGGACAAGUCCCAUGAACUAGUCAACAUGGGCGACAUAUACCGUUAUGCCUUAUUCACCAUCUAUGCUAAACGCUCGUCGAGCUCGCAAUCAGGCCUAUUUGCACGGCAAGACAAUCACAUCAAAUUAGAGGUCAGCGCCACUACAAAACAGAGUGCAGAGACGGCCAAGAUAACGCUAGCCAGCAUGUUCGAUGGACCAGACCACCUUGAGGGACGCGGUUGGGUUCUUCAAGAAACGGUCCUCUCCUCGCGGCGUCUUGCCUUUGGAAAUCGGAUGAGCUGGAAGUGUACUAUGGCACGGGCAGACGAGACCAGCCCCAUUCCGCGGGCCAGGCAUAAUGCUCUGACCGAUGGCUUCGCGGGUGACGUUGAGAAGCUACGAUUAUGGAUGUUUGCACCAGCGCGGAUGAGGGAGACGCCACGGCAGUCUUGGUUACGAUGGAACCAAUUUGACUCAUGGUACGCCAUUGUGGAAGCAUACAGCGUUACGAGUCUUACAUUCGUGUCAGACAACCUUCCUGCUCUGUCUGGCCUGGCCAAACUCUUACAACAGGCCCAUGGCGCGACUUAUGCAGCAGGCCUGUGGACGGAUGACCUCCAGGUUGGUUUAACAUGGUAUGUUGCAAGCAACGAUGAACGCAAGGUACCUCGGCGCAGAGACAUGGCGCCAUCGUGGUCCUGGGCGGCUGUAGGCAAGGUAAGAAUUAAGUUCCGAUCGUGGCCGAGCAAAUCAGUCCAUAUCGUCUCUGAAGGGGUGGAGUUGCUUGAGGCCUCAUGCGUCCCAGAGAUACCGCUCAAUCCUUACGGCGCAAUUAAUAAGGGGAAGCUCAAACUCCGCAUCCGCUUGAGGAAGGCGCUUCUGCGAUGUAGUGCUGAUUACACCCGUAGUCGUUUUGAAUACAACCACGUUAGCGGUUUAGAUUAUCAGCUCUUUGGUAACAUCGAUAGUCGAGAGCAGCCGCGAUACUUUGGGCUCAUCCUAGAUAUAGAGACGAAUCAGGUGAUUGGUGAGGCUGCUCUCGAUGCGCCAAUCCAUUUGAACCAGAGGCCUGUAGAUGGCUUAGAUGUGUCUCAAGAGAUCGAGUUAAGUCCUUUAUCAUCUUUAGAAACGGAGGUUUGGUGUGGGCUUGUCCAUGUUCAAAAGAAGGGAGAGAGGCACAUCCUAACCGCUCUCAUACUUGAGCCCGAGUUAGGUUCUGUAUUGGUCUACCGCCGGCUAGGUGUGCUAUUUCUUACUGACCGAUCGUGGUUUGGCCCUAGCUCCAGUGCGCUGAAUAGGUUCGAUGAAGAGACCGGGGAUGUUUUCAUGGAUGUUAUUGAUCUUGUGUAA